GUCGCUGCUGGCCACAGAACCCGGAGCUAGCGCUGUCGUACAACGCAUCCACAAAUUUCACUCUGCUCUUGAGCAGCAUCGCGACAACCAGUUGAAGUUUGCUUAGACGGCACUUUGCCACCAAAUAACAACAACAACACUUUCAAAGUUGAAAACACAAGUAACACUAAUAUCAUUCAAAAAAAAAAAAAAAGAAAAAGUAAAAAGCUAAAAAAAAAAAAAUAAAUCAAAUCAAAUCCAAUCAAUACAAAUUCUGAAUAAUACUUUUUUUUUUCUGUUGUUUGCAAUUAAAUCAAAAGUUCUUUGACGAAAGCGAAUAAUUUCGCUGUGUUUAACGGUUAAAACCUCGAAGUGAUUUUUUGGUCCCAACGCAAGGACACACGCACACGCAGGACGAGCGUAUUCCCAGCUGGCCAGCAAUUGAGCAAUUCGUGUAAAAUGGAUGCGCUACGCUUGCGUGGUUCCCCAUUUGUUCGCUUCGGCUCAGGCUCUGGCGGCGGUCAUGGUCCAGGACAGGCACAAACACAUGGACACGGACAUGGCAUACAACAACAGGAGCCACUCAUUGUGGUCGAGGAAUCAAAUCUACCCGAAGAACUUGAGCCCGAGAGCUCGGAGACAUUCUCAAAUCGCGCCAGUCUCGACAUUGACUCACCGGUCAAUCCAUAUCUGCUCUCGCCAUGGCGCGAUCCGCGCGAGGCACGCAAGCACUCGUUGCCCUCGCAACAGGUCACCGAAGGCAUCACCGCCAGCCAGGUGCGACGACUCUCGGAACGCGGCGGCGAAGGCUCCGGUCCAUCCCCCAAAGAAGCCGCCUUCCUGGCCACACUCUCACAGGCGCCGGCUCCGUCUGGCCGACGGCAUUCGGUUGUCACCAUCUCGAAGGUCCCCACCACGCUCUUUGGACGCUCUCGGCGGGAGUCUGUUGCCGCCUAUCCGUCAGUCAAUGGGAGCAGUCGCGUGUUGAAUUCACGUCGGGAGAGCAACACAGGACCGCCGUCAACGGACCCGAUUGGCAGCAUACACAAUCUGCAGCUGGACAUCAUGGACGAUAUCUACUUGCAGUCACGCAAGGCGCGUUUGAAGCUCUGGACGUCGAGCAACGAGAAGGUGUGCGAAGUGCAGACCGUGGACGAAGCCGGAACCGGAGCUCCAGGCAGACGUUACACCAAUCGCCGUUACUCCGAGUGUCCGCAGCCCGGCAGCGUUGGCGUUGGCAUUGGCAGCGGCGGCGGUGGAGGCGUGAGUGCAUUUCGUCGCGCCUCCGAACAUCCGCAUCCGAAUGCGCCAAGCAUCUCGCCGCAGCCGCCAUCGGCACGGGCCUCGACACGUCGCAAGAAAUCGGGCAGCGGUCUCGGGUUGCUCGGCAGUCGCAGCGAUAUUGCUGGCAUCUUUAGCUCACUCACAGGCAACUCUUCGUCGGCUACGGACACACAUCGCCCUGAUCCGGAUGGCUCGUCCAGUUCAUCGGCAGCCACCGGCAACAGUGCGAGCAGCCCGUUCUUGAGCAACACAUUCCAACAGGCGGCACGCGGACGCACCACGAGUGCCACGCCCACACCGAGUGGCAGCGGACAGUCGUCGAAUCUACUGCUCGAUCCGAAUGCCGGACGUUCGACGCGUUCGAAUAGCUUUGACGUCUCCAUUUUGAACAAUGCCAAGCAGCUGGUCAGCGAGGCGCAGGACAACAGCUCGGCGGCCAUUUCGGGUUGGUUUGGGGGCAAGCGGCAGACGCCGCAGACACCGGUGGCACGGAAGAAGAGUGUGCGCAGCAAGAGCAGCGCCAUGGCGCUGUCGAAGGACAUGCUCGAGCGGCUGCAGAAGAAGGAUCCGCUUGGCGGCGACUCGGGCAAACCGAAGUUGAAGCCGCGCAGCAAGCAGAAGAAGAGCUGGGCGGACACCACCAAGGCGAACAUUGUGGAUGCCACCAUUUUGGGCACAGCCAUCGAGGGUUUCCUCCGCAAGAGCUCCAAUGCCAGCAUGGCCGGUGGCAGCAGCUCCUCCGCAUCCGCUGGCGCCUCCACAUCGACGGGCCUGCGUUCGGGUGCCGCGGGUGGCAGCGGUGCCAAGGGUGCCAUACCCAAGGAUUCCGGCGGGGCAAGUGGCAGCUCGGCUGGCGGCAGCUCCGCUGGACGUGCGCGCAGUCGUCAGUCGGCUGCCAGCGCGGCUCAGUCGCAGGCUGGACGCGCUAUGCGCUCCACGCUCAACUGGUUUAGCAAGGGCGAUGAGGAUGACUCGAAGGACACUUGCGAUGCUUCGCUGUGCGCCACGCUCAAGGAUCUCUUUGUCAAAUAGGUGACGGACAAGGCGCGGCCCAAGUAAACGCACAGCGAGGACCGCAGAAAAUGAAAACAAAAGAAAUGAAAAAAAAAAAAAAAAACAAAAAAAAACACCACAACUGGCGGAGGCAAAAUUGCCAAAUCGAUGAUCAACUGCAUGCUAAGUACUUGUAUCUCCACAACUUCCACAAUCAACUUCACCAAUAGUCGCGGCGGCAGAGCGAAAGGCAAAGCAACAAAAAACUGUGCAUAAACAAGAUGUAGGAUACUAAAAGUGGAAGCUACUGCGGAAAACUUGUAAUGAAAGCGAUAAAUAUUGACGAUGGCAUUCGAGAGAGAAAGAGAAAAAGAAAUAGAAAAAGAGCUCUUCUUGCGAAACCAUCAGAAGCUCUGCGAAUUCAUUUAAGUCACUUCACAUUAUUUGGUCCUUGCGGUGAUAUUGUUAGUGGCAUCUUCGAGCUUUCCGGCGAAUACAAACGCGUCUCCAAUUCGUUUGAGCGGUCGCCAUUUGAUACUGAAACA